CUAUCCGCAAAUUGCGACUUGGCGCCAUUCCACCCCAAGGGCCCAUCAACCCCUCAUCCGACACCAUACUUGCCACUCGCUCCUUGCCCCCUCGCCUGGGGCGCUUGAUUCCCAAUUUCCUGCGCUCAUACGUGACAAUGGCGGCACCGGAGACACAGCUUUCUCCGCAGGGAAACGUCGCGGAUCAAAUUGCGCCUGCGACCACCUCUGCCGAGCCAAGCAAGAAGGUCCUUGGAAGAGAGUUCUACAAGAGUAUCGGAAGCCCCAAGUAUGUCGUCGCACCCAUGGUGGAUCGAUCCGAGUUUGCAUGGCGCAUGCUCACUAGGUCGUUCAUGGCACCGGAGGACCAGAAACAGGUGCUCGCAUACUCUCCCAUGUACCACGCGCGCUUGUUCCGUGAGCAAGCCAGCGUUCGUUUACAACACUUCCACCCCACCCGCGCAGCUGCCGCCAAAGGAACCGACGAGUCGCCCUACCUGGAUGGAAACCCUUCAAUCGACAGACCUCUUUUCGUACAAUUCUGCGCUAACGACCCGGACGACUUCUUGGAGGCCGCUCGUCAUGUCGUCCCCUACUGUGACGCCGUGGAUUUGAACCUGGGAUGCCCUCAAGGAAUCGCACGGAGGGGCCAUUACGGCGCUUUCCUCCAGGAAGACUGGGAUUUGAUCUACCGGCUGAUCAACCGGCUUCAUACCGAGCUUCCGAUCCCCGUCACCGCCAAGUUCCGUAUCCAGGAGACGAAAGAGAAAACCCUCGAAUACGCGAAGAUGAUCCUGUCUGCGGGAGCGAGCAUCAUCACGGUACAUGGACGGCAGAGGGAGCAGAAGGGCCACAACACCGGUCUGGCUGAUUGGAGCUAUAUCCGUUACCUCCGCGACAACCUGCCGCCGGACACCGUCAUCUUUGCGAAUGGAAACAACCUGAACUACGAAGAUGUAGACCGCUGUCUCGAGGCGACGGGCGCUGAUGCCGUGAUGAGCGCCGAGGGGAACCUGUCGGACCCAUCGAUCUUCAGCAAGCCGCCUGCGGUUGGUACUCUAGAGAGAGAAUACUGGCGGGGCAGGGACGGUAAGGGCGGAUACCGGAUAGACGCCAUGCUGCGGCGGUACUUGGACAUCGUCUACAAAUACGUGCUUGAGCAGCCCAUCCCCGACAGAAAACCCCUCUAUCUCGCCUCAGACCCCGUGGAAGAAGAACCGGAGCAGAUAAUCGAAGCCGAAGAAGUGGAGGACGGGCCACCAAAGAAGAGACAAAAGCGCGAGAAGUCGAAGAGAGUGAACUCCCCCAGUCUUGUUGUGAUGCAGGGACAUCUCUUCCAACUUCUCCGUCCCAUGGUCUCCGUUCACACCAACGUCCGUGACGCGCUCGCCAAAUCAAAACCCGGCGACAUGCCCGCAUUUGAGAACGUCCUGUCUCUCGUCGAACGGGCCAUCAAGAUUGGCCUCAAGGAAUACGAGCAAUUCCCGGAACGCUUCGAACAACCACCUAACCAGGAACUGACCGGAUCCAAGCUCACCAUUGCCGAAUAUGGCCGACCCUUCUGGGUCUGUCAACCCCACGUCCGACCACUUCCCGAAGAGGCGAUGGAGCUCGGAGCUCUGACCGUCAAGAAGAAGAACACCGAGAAGGACGAUAGGCCCAAGACGGAGGAAUCCACACCUGCUGCGGAGGGUUCUGGGUCUGCUACCCCGUCCGGUGACGCUGCGGCAGCAGCAGCAGCAGCAGCUACGCCAGAUGCCCUGGUGAGUGGUUGAAUGAAUAAUUCGGAUUUGGUUGCUUUUGCGGAGUACCGGGGAAGGGAAAGCAUUAUAUACCCAAGUUGGGCAUAGCUACCUAG